UUACUAAAACAAAAAGAAUUUGACUAAAAAUAUUUGGGAUCAUUGCAAAGCUGCUGAAUUUAAUUAUUAAAAGCAGCAAGCAUGGACGUGAUUAACAAAUUCUACUCGUCAGCAGUGCAAACAGUCUCGCAGCUCUCAGGUGUGCUCCCUGGCAAUAAUGUAACACGAGAGUACGAAGUACUGGACCAAAUUUGCACAGCGGGUGUGGGACUCAUGUGGAAGGUGUACAAUGGCCACAAGAAAAGCACCAAGCAGGAAGUCUCCGUGUUUGUGUUUGAGAAAAAGGUACUGGAACGCUGGUCGAAAGAUGACCGUGAGACAAUGCUGGAAACGCUGCGGCGGGGUGUGCAGCAGCUAACAAAAAUACGGCAUCCACAUGUGCUGACCGUACAACAUCCGCUAGAGGAGAGUCGUGACUCGCUGGCUUUUGCCACGGAGCCGGUCUUUGCAUCACUCGCAAAUGUUGUGGGAGACUCGGUGCGCUCUGACAAAAAGCUAUACGAUGUGGAAAUACGACAUGGACUACUGCAGCUCUUCGAUGGCCUGCAAUUUCUGCACAACGAUGCAAAAAUAGUGCAUCGCAAUAUCAGCGCCGAAACGAUUGUGAUCAACAAGAACCGCAGCUGGAAACUGUUUGGCUUUGAUUUCUGCAUAGCCAACCAACCGGCGACAAAUGGCACAGCCCACUGGCCAUGUCGAGAGUAUAGCACAUCGCUGCAUGUGCUGGCCCAGCCCAGUUUGGAAUAUACAGCGCCAGAGCUAGCCUUGAACAGUGUCAACACACCAGACAGUGACCUCUUCGCGUUGGGUGUGCUCAUUUUUACAAUUUAUUCGGGCAAGCCGCUAAAAAUGUUUGGCAGCGAUUACAGCGGAUUUCGGCGUUAUGCCAACGAGUUGAAUCAGCGCAAAUAUCCAGCCAUGAAUAACAUUCCAAAUGAGCUAACUGAAAGUCUGAAGGCCCUUUUGCAUCCCAGCGCCAGUAUGCGACCCAAAUUGCAUGAGCUGAAACAGAUUGCAUACUUUCAAGACGUGGGCGUCAAGACACUCAGCUAUUUGGACUCGCUUUACCAAUGGGAUAAUCUACAGAAAUCCAAAUUCUACAAGGGUCUGCCACAGAUUAUACCAACGUUGCCGCAUCGUGUGAAUCUACACUCCAUAUUGCCGUAUCUGAUUAAGGAGUUUGUCAACUCGCCCAUGAUUCCAUUUGUGCUGCCCAAUGUGCUGCUGAUUGCCGAAAUGAGCAGCCAGCGUGAAUAUUGCGAUCACAUACUGCCACACUUGAAGCCCAUAUUUAAGUUAACGGAUCCCAUCCAGAUUCUGUUGAUCUUCAUGCAGAAAAUGGAUUUGCUGCUGAAGCUAACACCGGCGGAGGAAGUAAAACAGAGUGUGCUGCCGUUGCUCUAUCGGUCACUGGAGUGUGAUAUGCCUCAAAUACAGGAGCUAUGCCUUGGCGUGCUCCCUACCUUCUCCACUCUCAUCGAUUACAAUGCCAUGAAAAAUGCUGUCAUACCGCGUAUUAAGAAACUCUGUCUGCUGAGCAACAAUGUUUCCGUUAAAGUCAACUGUCUAAUAUCGAUUGGCAAACUGCUGGAGAAUCUGGACAAGUGGCUGGUGCUAGAUGAAAUUCUACCCUUUUUACAGCAAAUUCAAAGUCGCGAGCCCGCAAUUGUUAUGGCCAUAAUAGGCAUUUAUAAAAUUGCCAUGACAAACACCAAGUUGGGCAUCACCAAGGAUGUAAUGGCGCACAAGUGCAUACCGUUUCUGGUGCCGCUAAGCGUUGAAAAUGGACUGACCAUAGCGCAGUUCAAUACAAUUGUAUCGCUAAUCAAAGAGAUGCUGGGCCGGGUGGAGCAGGAGCAGCGCGAAAAGCUGCAGCAAUUGUCCACCAUACAGCGUGACAAUAAACCCAAGGAUGCUUCCGAGAUAUUGGCCAAUGAGAUGGACAACGCAACGCUUUCGCAUUCAGGCAAUUACGGUGUCAGCAAUGGCAACAAAAGCGAUGAUGAUAUGUUCUCGGGCUUCAGCGUGGGACAGCCACCGAAUGCUGUGAAGCCAAAGCCCACAAUACCCACAGCACUGGCGCCCAUCAAGACCAGGGAGCAACUCAAAAUAACGCACAAUACAACGACAGACGCAAUAUCGAAGCCGGAUAUGUUCUCCUCGCUGAUGCAAAGCAAUCUCAGCAACCUAUCGAUUGCCCCUAGCGCUCAAGCAGUAGCAGCAGUUGCUCCCCCGCAGGGCUUGCAGUUUAAUGCGAGCAGCAAUAAUAGCACCAAUUGGCACAGCGCAAAUCCACUGGUCAUGAACCAUCAGCUCGCCUCGCCGCAGGCCAGCAACAACAACUUCUCCUCGCUGGACGAUUUGGAUCCGUUUGGGUCAGCGGGUGCCGUCGGCCAAGUGGCCAACAAGCCGAAUAAUGCCAACGGUGCCAAUAUGUACACGGUGCAGCAGCCCACGGUUAAUUAUAUUUAUCCGACGAGUUACAAUUCGGUGAAUAAUAUGAAUAGCAUGCAGCAGCAGCAGAGUAUCAGCCUGGUCAAGCCAAUGAAUCGGAGCGCAACUGUCACUUCCACAACCACGCUGCUGCCGCAAACACAGUUGACGCAGUCCACGGAUGGCAAGAAUCUUAAUAUGUUGUCACAACAGGAUAUACUUAACUUCUUGAACUAGACACAUCAUUCCCGUUGCAUGCUCACCGAGCAUGUGCUCCAAAUAGCCAAUGUUUUAAAAGACAACAAAAAAAAAAACAAAAAAUUAACUAUAUCGUACUAUAUAAAUUAUAUAUGAAUGUCUGUGCAAUUGUGUGUAUGUGUUUGUAUGUAUGCGAGUUAGUUUUUUAAGCUGUUUGAAGUUUUGCUCGUUGCAUCGUUCAACAAAAUAUCAAUUGUCUAAAGUGAAUGUGUAUAAUUUAUUCUUAGUCUAGGCAAACAGUCAACCAACCUAUAAUUAUAUAUAUAUUGUGUAUUGUGCAAUCUGCUCCUUAGUGUAUCUCCGAAGUACACACGUUAGUUAAAAAAUAUACUUAAUCAAUUUAAAACGAUCAA